CUGCUAGUACAGGAAACACGACAAUUAUUAUUAUCAUUGUAAAAACGCAAACGAACACAUCAUGAAAUCUUUAACAACAGUCCUGUUAGUAGCAUCAUUGCCGUUUACAAUUGUACAUUGUGAAAAUGCUUUAUCAGAAUUUGAGAAUACUUUUAAAAAACACAAUCAAGCCUUAAAAGAGCUUACGAUGAUUAAAAUACGAAAUAAAAGUUUAACAGAAAAUGUAACAAAUGCUCAAAGAAUAUAUGAAGAUUCUGUUAUAAAAAAUGAUAAUCUGAAAAUUGAUAAUCUAACUUUAACAAUAUAUCGUGAGUGUUUAGAAAAAAUACUGGAUGAAGGUAUGAAACCAAAUGGAAUAGAUAUUCAAAAAAAUCAUUUCUUAAACAAUAUACCGUAUAUUGAUAAUUUAUGUAAUGAUUCUAUAAUACUGAGGCAAUAUUAUAAUUCCUCUAUAUGUGAAAAUAUUCCGGUUGUCCAAUCUGCAGUGAGUUGGAGUUGGUUAACUAAAAUAUUUAAAUCUUCACCAAGAGGUCUUUCAAUUGAUACAGCUCUUAUGAUAAGUAAUGCUUUAGAUAAGAAAAAAUGGAUAUACUUCAUAGGAGCACCGACAUUUAUGAUCGGAACUGUAUCCGUGACUUCUAUAUAUCAAAAACUAACAAAAGAAAAUCCAAAAGUUGUUCCCAUUAUGAAUAAUGUAGAAGACGCUAUUAAAAUACAAGAACAAUUAAAGAAAGAUUGUAUCGAUGCAAAAAAUCAUGUAGAUGCAAUAAUUGAAGUUUUAAAAUCUCAAUUCAAUAAUUGAGUAAGUCAUAAACGUAGUAAUAGUAGUAUAUUCAGUAGUGUAUUCAACCUAAAACAAAAUUGUGUUUCGAUUUUUUAUUUAUUAUUUUGAUUAUAAACACAUAAAACGUAUUAUUUUUACGGUAUAAUUGUAGUAAUUAUAUUAUAACAAAAAUAUUAAUGUAAUAAAUGCUGCUUAUACAUAUAUAUAUUAUAUAUAUAUAACAAUUAUUGUUAUUCGACUGUUAUAGUUAGUAAAACUAAUUGUCAACUGUCAAGAUUACUUCCUUGUAAUAUAUAAUUUAUUAAUAGUUUUGGACGGGUUUGCAGGUGAUGCUGAUGAGUGAUGCCUAAUAAAUAAAAAAUGAUUAUUAAAACGAGCCAAAUAAGAACCCGUAUAAAUAAAUUGUUAUCAGGUUGUGAUAAAGACCAAUAUUAAUUAUUAAUAUCUUAGUAAUACAUACUGGAUACAGCUUUAAUUUAAAAUCUUGAAGCCAAUUUAUUCACUUUCAAU